CAAAUUUGUAUAUGCGGAAGAAUAAAACAAAUAUAGUUAAAAAAACGUCUCGUUCACGAUUAAAAAGAGAGUUUUCUUCAGAAUAGAGUUUGUAAAAUUGUUAAAAUAGAGAAAAAAAAAUGAAGCAAAACGAGUAUGACAGUAUUAUAAAAACAAUAAGAAAUUUUCGAGGAUUAACAAGAGAUUGUUCAAAAAUGCUCGUUCAAAAAUAUAGCAGUGUCAAUAAAUAUGCAUUAUUUAGUAUUUUGGCAAUUGAAGUACAACAGAGAAUGAAAUGUAUGCACAAUCGUCUUUUUGGUGGAGAAAAACAUUAUUACGAAAGAUAUAAAGAGGCUCGAGCAUCGAACAAACCAGAAGGAAUUAUUUUAAGAAUGUCCCUUGAAAUUAAUGCACCUCCAGCAUUAUUGGCGCGUCAUAUUUUAGAGGAUUACUUGACCGAGAAAGGAGAAAAUAAUUCACGUCCAGCGAUAGGAAAAUAUCUCAAAGACUCAACAUUAAUUGAAGAUAAAGAUUUGGCGUAUGAAAUUUUUACGUGUGUAUUAUAUGACGAUCAAUAUGGACCAGUUGCGGAUUCAAUUGCAUUGUCAGUUGGCGAGGAAUAUGAAGUGAAAUUACAAUAUUAUUUAAAAGAGAAAAAUAUUUCAUUUCGUAAUGAAAAUCAUUUACGCUCAAGGGGCUAUGAUAAAACGCCAGAUGUAAAACUUGAAAUUCCAAUAGCAAUAAAUGGUUAUGUAAUUAAUUGGAUUGAAUCAAAGGCAAGAUUUGGCAAUGAGGAGGUGCAUAAAAAAAAUGUUAAGGAACAAUUUUCAAGUUAUUGGAAUCGUUUUGGACAAGGUUUAGUGAUUUAUUGGUUUGGCUUUUUGGAUAAUUUAAAUCAACCUAGCGAAAAACGUUUUAUUAUUCUCGAUCAUUUUCCCAAUGAAAUUAUCCACAUGAAUCCAAAUUCAAUACAGCCUUUAGCAUUUUAAUGUUUUUCUAAUUUUUAUAUUAAUUAAUUAUUAAUUAUAAAGAAAUAAUUAGGAAACAAAAUCAAUUAAUUUCUUUUUAAAAAAAAUGUUGUAAAAAGAUAAUUGAUUUUUUUUCCCUCUAAAAUUUGUAAAUAAAAUUCAUUUUCGAGAUUUGUAAAAAAAAAGUUACGAUUUUUUUGUUUUAUAAAAUAAUAAUAAAUAAAUAAUAUUUUUAUAUUUGAAAAGUCGUUUCUUUUUUCUAGACAAGCGAUUGUCAUUUAAUUUUGCUUUAUAUAUAUAAGUGUAAAAAUAAAAAUUUAAAUUAAAUAUUUUUGACAAAAAAAAAA